AUGCGAGGGCCAGAGCCGCUCUGGAUCACAGUUCGAGCAUACCGCGUGUGGAAGAACCCUGAUAUGGAUACGAUUGCCAGCUUCAGCGGACUCCAUUUGAGAGUUGUAUUUGACGACAACCUUCCCAUCGAGGUCUCUAGACCGGUUAUUAUCAAGUGGGUUGCGGAAGCCGCUCCGAAGAGGCUACUGGACGUACAGGGCACCGAGUUACGUUUGGUGGCACGCGAAGAAGCCUUCACGGCAGCACAGAUUCCGAAGUACGCCGCUCUCAGUUACUGCUGGGGCUCGACAGAUGAUGAUGCUCGCGCGCAAAUCACACUGACGCAAGGAAGUCUCGUCCAGCACCGGCUUGGGAUCGGGUUCAAAAGGCUACCUCUAUCGGUGCAGGAUGCGGUUGCCAUGACCAGGGCCCUUUCCCUGCGCUACCUGUGGGUUGAUGCACUUUGCAUCUCGCAGGACGAUCCAGCUGACUGGGACCGACAAUGCGUGGAUAUGCACAAGAUCUACGGCAACGCCUUUAUCACCCUCUGCGCUGCUUCUUCACAGAGCUGUCGCCAGCGAUUCCUCCAGCCUAAACCAGAGCAUCGGAUCUUGAUGCCAUACCGGUCAUCCUUUGCGCCCUUUUCCGGGCAGUACUGCUUGCGACUGAGGGGUCGAAGCCGAUAUUGA